GCGCGUUUAAAAGCCCCGUAGUUCACUUUAUUGGCACUUGUCACACCGAGUGUUCAUCGCCAUCGUGAGGUUUUGUUGUAAUUUUGCCAAAAAACAUGUUCCGUACAACAGCCCUCCGCUUAACCUCCCUCGUGAGAGGGGCUGUGCAAGUCUCAAAGCCCUCUGUGGCCACAACAACACGGUUCAUGUCCGCUCACAGCACAGAGACAGACGAACAGUUCGAUACGAGGUACGAGAACUUCUUCAACAGGAAGGACAUUGAUGGGUGGGAAAUCAGGCAAGGGAUUAAUGAUCUUUGUGGGCAUGAUUUGGUCCCCGAACCUAAAAUCCUGAUUGCGGCUUUGAAGGCUUGCCGCAGGGUUAAUGACUAUGCUCUUGCCGUGAGGAUUGUUGAAGCUGUGAAAGAUAAAUGUGGAGGGAAAGUCAACGAGAUCUACCCCUACAUCAUCCAGGAAAUCAGGCCCACUCUCUCUGAACUUGGAAUUGAUACGCCUGAGGAGUUGGGCUAUGACAAGCCAGAAUUGGCCCUGGAGUCAGUCUAUGACAUUCACUAGAUGUCUGCUUAGUUAGUCAAUGUAUCGUGUUAUUAAUUAAAUAAUAAAACAGUAUAUAAGUUAAA